AUGAUCGUCGUCACCGGCGCAACCGGCGGGCUCGGCUCCCAAGUCCUCAAGUACCUCCUCACGCUCGUCCCCCCCUCCGAAAUCACCGUCUCGCUGCACAACCCGGCGGGCCUCCCGGAGCACCUCCAGGCCAGCGGCAUCCACGUCCGCCGGGGCGACUACGGCGCGCCGGAGACCCUCGACGCCGCGUUUGCCGGCGCGGACAAGGUGCUCAUCGUCUCGUACCCGUCCAUCGCGCACGAGCUACGCGUGCGCAACCACGUCAACGCGAUCGAUGCGGCGAAGCGGGCGGGGGUGAGGCAUGUGUAUUAUACGAGCCUGGCGUUUGGGUAUGGGACGAAGCCAGAGAGCUGUGCGGCUGUAAUGCAGGCCCAUUUGGACACGGAGGCGUACUUGAAGAAGAGCGGGUUGAAGUAUACGAUCAUUAGGGAAGGGAUAUACAACGAAAGUUACCCGCUCUACUUUGGUUUCUUCGACCCGUCGAAAGACAACGAAGUGUUCGUCCCAGGAGACGGCCCCAUAGCCUGGGCAUGCCGUGAAGACCUGGGCGAAGCAACCGCUCGACUGCUCGCACUCCCUCCCUCCGACUCCCGUUUCGACAACCAAACCAUCCUCUUCUCCGGCCCGCAGGCCAACCUACUCACCCUCGCGCAGUUGUCCACGCUCAUCUCGAACAUCCUCGGACGGGAGAUUAAGCUCAACAUAGUCUCCAUCGAUGAAUACGUCCAGAAGCACCUCGACCCCAGCGGGCAGAACGUCAGGGGCACCGAAGACUUCUUGAGGAAAUGGGCGACGACGUUCGAGGCCAUGAAGAGGGGCGAGACGGCGAUCGUCGAUCCGCUGCUGGGCGAGAUUGUUGGGAGGCCGUUGAAGACCAUGGAGCAGAGUCUGAGGGAGCAGCUGAGUGCUCAUGGGGAGGGCGUGGCAAUAGAGCAGUACGCGAAGUAG